UCCCUCCCUCUGCCCCCUUCCCUUCCGUCCCGACCCCGCCUCUUUCCGUUUCCAUUUCCCUCGCAAACGCGCCCCAAAAUCUCCUGCCUAGGGUUUGCUCCUCCGGCGCCGCUAGAUCCGGACCCCCGAUGGAGGAGACGCUCGCUUCCCUCCGCCGCCCGAAGCGCGGGCGCCCGCCGAAGCCGCGGGAGGAGGACCACGCGGACUUCGAGGAGGAGGCCGACGCGGAAGCGCUCGCGCCGCCGCAGUCCAAGAGAAAGCGCGCCGCCUCGGCCACCGCGGCGGCGGCUCUGGAGGACCAGCCACUCAUCGAUAUUAUCAAACACAAUGGCAGGCUGAUCAGCCAUGCUGUCAAAAAGUUGGUUGAGGAUUAUGAAUCAAACAAAAAUUCGGUGACGUUUCAAAUAUUAGCCAUGCUAUUUGAGGCUUGUGGUGCCAAGCAUGAGAUUUAUCCAGACUACCUUCAUGAGUCAGAUGUGGAUGACAUUGUAUUGUCCCUUGUUGAACUAGCCCGAAAAGGUCUGGUGGAAGAUAAUUAUAGCACAAAACAGAAGGACCUUAAACACUUCAAGGAGAACCUGGUUUCUUUUUGGGAUAGCUUAGUCCUUGAAUGUCAGAAUGGCCCACUGUUUGAUGAUACCUUAUUCCAAAAGAUCAAGGAUUAUGUGGUUGCUUUAUCAUGUACUCCUCCAAGAGUAUAUCGUCAAGUAGCUUCAUUGGUUGGGCUCCAGCUUGUAACAUCAUUCAUAUCUGUUGCUAAGACUCUUAGUGGACAACGCGAGACUACUCAGAGGCAAUUGAAUGCAGAGAAGAAGAAGCAGAGUGAUGGACCACUUGUUGAAUCUCUCAACAACAGAUUAGCUCUUACUCAUGAAAACAUUACAUACUUGGAGGAAUUGAUGCGGAAGAUAUUCAGUGGGUUAUUCAUGCACCGUUAUCGUGAUGUUGAUCCUGAGAUCCGGAUGUCAUGUAUCAAGUCCCUUGGUAUUUGGGUUGUCUCAUAUCCAUCACUUUUUUUGCAAGAUAUAUAUCUGAAGUAUCUUGGGUGGACACUAAAUGACAAGAAUGCUGGAGUUAGAAGGACUUCCAUUCUUGCCUUGCAAAGUCUGUAUGAAGUGGAUGAGAACAUACCUUCCCUUGGUCUCUUUACUGAGAGGUUUUACGCCAGGAUGAUCCAGCUUGCUGAUGAUAUUGAUGUUUCAGUAGCUGUGUCAGCUAUAGGACUCAUCAAGCAAUUACUGAGGCAUCAGUUGUUGAGUGAUGAUGAUUUGGGCCCACUAUAUGAUUUGCUUAUUGAUGAGCCUCCAAUGAUCAGGCGUGCGAUAGGUGAAUUAGUAUAUGAUCACCUAAUAGCGCAAAACAUCAAGACAUCUCAGCCCGGAGCUAGAGAUGGGGAAAAUGAACCCUCUGAGGUUCAUAUUGGCCGAAUGCUGCAAAUCCUUAGAGAAUUUUCAGAUGACCCGGUCCUUAGUUCAUAUGUCAUUGAUGAUAUUUGGGAUGACAUGAAGGCCAUGAGAGACUGGAGGUGUAUGAUCUCUGUGCUUCUCGAUGAAAAUCCAGGAAUUGAGCUUACUGAUAUGGAUGGAACAAACCUAGUUCGAAUGCUGCACGCCUCUGCAAAGAAGGCUGUUGGGGAAAGAAUAAUUCCUGCAAUGGACAACAGAAAGUUGUACUAUAAUAAAGGCCAAAAGGAAACAUUGGAAAAUAGCAAGCGUGAAAUAACAAGUGCCUUGUUGACGAGGUAUCCACAUCUUUUGAGAAAGUACAUGUCUGACAAAGCUAAGAUAUCACCCCUAGUUGAUAUGAUGGUCCUUUUGAAACUUGAGAUGUAUUCAUUCAAGAGACAAGAGAAGCAUUUCAAGGCAGCUAUAGAUCUCAUCACUGAUGCCUUCUUCAAACAUGGCGAGAAGGAUGCGCUGAGAUCUUGCAUCAAGGCAAUUACUUUCUGUUGCACUGAGUGCCAGGCUGAUCUUAAAGACUAUGCUGAAAAUAAACUUAAGAAUCUUGAGGAUGAGUUGGUUUUGAAAGUCAAAACUGCAAUCAAGGAAGUAGAGGCUGGUGAUGAUGAAUACUCCCUCUUGGUUAAUUUGAAGCGGCUUUAUGAACUUCAGCUGUCAAAACCUGUUAAAAAUGAUAGUUUAUUUGAGGAUAUGUACCGAAUCCUCAGUCAUCUAAGAGAUAUGGACAAUGAGGUGAAGAGCUUUCUGCUCCUCAAUAUGUACCUUCAGGUAGCAUGGUGCCUUCAUGCGAUUGAUGGUGAAAACCCAUCUGAAACAUCUAUUGAUGAACUUUUAUCCAAGCAAAGCUCACUUUUCGAUCAACUAUAUUAUUAUUUGGUGGUCCUGCCUACUUAUCAAAAAGAGGGGAGGAGCACCACUGUACUCUCUUGCAGAGUCUGCAUCAUUACUGCAGAAAUGUGGUGCAUGUUUAAAAAGUCCAAAUAUUCUUCGACAAGACUAGAGAGUUUGGGUUAUCUCCCACAAGUAGAUAUGGUUCAGAAGUUCUGGAAAUUCUGUGAACAACAGCUCAAUAUAUCAGAUGAAACAGAAGAUGAAGAUGCAAAUGAAGAAUAUAUUGAAGAUACAAACAGGGAUGCUGUCAUGAUUGCAGCUGCAAAGCUAGUGCUUGCUGAUACAGUACCAAAGGACUACCUUGGUCCCGAGAUUGUUUCUCACUAUGCAUCUCAUGGAGCAAGUACAACUGAGAUAAUCAAGCAUCUAAUUACCUCUCUAAAGAAAAAGGCAGACUUCGAUAUGGGAGCUCUGUUUUUUGAGGCAUUGAAAAGGGCAUAUGAACGGUACAUGACCCAUGUUAAUGAUGGAGAAAACCAAACCCUGACUGGCAAGUCUUAUUCGGAAUGUCAAGAUCUUGCUAGUCGGCUGGCAGGGUCCUACAUUGGUGCAGCCCGCACUAAAAACAAGUCUGAGAUAUUGAAGAUUAUCCAAGAUGGUGUUUCUUUUGCCUUUGCAGACCUUCCAAAUCAGUUGUCAUUCCUUGAGGCAGCUCUUCUGCCAUUUGUUUCUAAACUUCCAUCGGCAGAUAUACCAGACAUCUUGGCAGAUGUAGAGAAGAGGACUCAAGAUGCAAAUAUGGAUGGAGAUCAAAGUGCUUGGCGCCCAUAUUUUACAUUUGUGGAGCACCUACGUGAAAAACAUGCGAAGAAUGAGGUUUUGCACGAGGAGGAAAAACCUGUGAAGCGACGGGGCCGACCGAGAAAGGUUAGAGAUGUACCAAACGUACCAGCUGUACGUGGGAAGAAACUCUUUGAAGAUGAUGGGCACAACUCUAGCGACGAAGAGUCUAUCAGUGGCUCUGACCAUCAUGGCCAUGGUGAAGAUGAAGACAGCGACGACGAUGCAAAUCAGCCCCUGAUCAACACGAUCAGGUCUUCUGCCGCUAAGCUACGAUCACUGAAGGUGUCUCAACAGGGAACAAGCAGCCGCAAAGGGGCUCCUAGGCCGUCAGGAAGCAAUAGCUGAGAGGGUGCAGCAGCGUAGCAGUCACGUUGAAACUCAGCCUUGAACGACUUGAUGAGGGCAUCAGACCACAAGGAGUUGCAGUCUUCAUGUGCCGGUUAACUGCUUGAUUUAUAGACAUCUAGGUCUUGUAGAUGAUUGUACUUAGGUGCUCACUCGCUCUGUACACCACGUGUCAUGUGUCGACGCGUUAGGUCAUGGACUCGUGUACAUGUUUUUGUUCCUUGGUAUGCUAGCAUCUGGCUGGUGCUUGUGCUAGAUCAUUACAGAUUUUGUAUCUAGUCAUGGUAUAGUAGCUCUGGUUGCCAUGCCGAUUUGACGAUCAGAUGAUUUAACGUGAUGGUUCCUCGGGUGUCUGAAUUUUGUUGCA